CCUGUAACUAUUGGUGACUACUAUCUGUUCAUCACAGUAAAACUGCUAACCGACUGGCUGGGGCGAAGUAGUGGGGCGGGGAAGAAGGGGCAUUGGCCAACGCGCAUGUCCAGUGCGUGCGCAGUGACGGCAGCGGCCAGCAGCGGUCAUGGCGGCUCGGUGUGUGAGGCUAGCGCGGCGCAGUCUCCCGGCUUUGACGUUGUCCCUCAGAUCCUCUCCUCGGUUGUUGUGUACAGCUACAAAACAAAAAAACAAUGGGCAGAACUUGGAAGAAGAUGUGGGUCAAAAUGAACAGAAGACAGAUCCUCCCUGUACAGAGAAGAUUCUCUUAGAAGAGAAGGUCAAGUUAGAAGAGCAGCUGAAGGAGACCACGGAAAAAUAUAAGCGAGCUUUGGCGGAUACUGAGAACUUGAGGCAGAGGAGCCAGAAGUUGGUGGAGGAGGCAAAGUUAUAUGGCAUCCAGGCCUUCUGUAAGGACUUAUUGGAGGUUGCAGACAUUUUGGAGAAGGCAACACAGUGUGUUCCAAAAGAAGAAAUUAAAGACAAUAACCCUCACCUGAAGAACCUCUAUGAGGGCCUCGUAAUGACUGAAGUCCAGAUUCAGAAGGUGUUCACAAAGCAUGGCUUACUCAAGUUGAACCCUGUUGGAGCCAAGUUCGACCCUUAUGAACAUGAGGCUUUGUUCCACACUCCAGUUGAGGGGAAAGAGCCAGGCACCGUGGCACUAGUUAACAAGGUGGGGUAUAAGCUGCAUGGGCGCACCCUGAGACCCGCCCUGGUAGGGGUGGUGAAGGAAGCUUAGCUGCCUAUUGCAGGGUUUUGGUUUUUUAAAAUCACUUGCUAUAACUCUUAAAAAGCUGGUUUAUCUUUUCUCAUCUGUGAAUACAUUUGACUUUUUCCCAAACCCUGUUGGAAAGCUUAAGUAGCCAGUCGCUAAAGAGAAGAUUAAGCCAGUUGCACAAUUGUGUUAAUGAACUCUAAUUCAGGAGUUAAUAAUUCCGGAGUCUGUUCCUUGAUUGUUAGUUCCACAUUUAGUAGUUCCACAAGCUUACAGAAGAGCACCAGCAGGAGACUGCAGGGCCUCCAGACUCAUGGGAGUAAUGGUGUCUCUGCUCACACUCUGGGAAAGGCACAGUACUUUGAACAAAUAAAAGGUCUUCAGGAA